CGAGGACCCUUUCCUGCCUUCCGAGCAGGCAGUCGUUCGACCUCAUUUAGAGUCCGCUGUUGGUAGUAUAUACAAAGUGAGGUGGCUAUCGAAACACGAUCGUCACUAAGAGAUUAUUGGAUCGACGUACAGAGUUUAUGCUGUGCUGUUUUCACCAAUUCUAGUGCCCGAUUGUUGCUGGUGCUCUUAAGUGCAUUGUGUUCGAAUCUUCACAAUUCAUUUGAGAUGGCAGCUCUUCGCAAUGGCUCUCUCCUCAUUCCCAGACUGGUUCAAGCUCUGCGCGAGCGUAACCAAUCAUUUUUCGCGCACGUCGAGAUGGGACCCCCCGAUGCCAUUCUUGGAGUGACCGAAGCCUACAAGAAGGAUCCCAAUCCCAAGAAGAUGAACCUCGGUGUCGGGGCAUACCGCGAUGAUGAUGGCAAACCUUUUGUCUUGCCAUCGGUUCGAGCUGCAGAGCGGCAGCUCAUGUCAAAGAAUUUGGACAAAGAAUAUCUACCCAUUGGCGGCUUAAAUGAUUUUUGCAAGAACGCGGCCAUUCUGGCUCUUGGUGACAAUUCGGCAGUCAUCAAAGAGGAUCGUAACGCCACUGUUCAGGGAAUUUCGGGCACUGGCUCGUUGCGAAUCGGCGCAAUGUUUUUGGAUGAGUUCCUGAAAGGUAACAAAACCGUGUACAUGCCAAACCCGACAUGGGGCAACCAUAUCCCUCUGUUCAAGAGAUGCAACUUUCAAGUAAAACAGUACCGUUACUACGAUCCGAAGACAUGCGGUCUCGACUUUCAGGGAGCCCUUGAGGAUAUCUCGAGCAUCCCCGAAGGUUCAGUGAUCCUUUUGCAUGCCUGCGCGCACAAUCCAACCGGUGUCGAUCCUCGGCCCGAACAAUGGACAGAGAUCGAGAAAGUUGUGCGUGAACGCAAUUUGUUCCCAUUCCUUGAUAUGGCCUAUCAGGGCUUCGCGACGGGAGACAUCGAUCGCGACGCUAGCGCUGUGCGCCUGUUCGCUGGUAGCGGCCCAAUGUGCCUUGCCCAGUCGUUCGCUAAAAACAUGGGCCUGUACGGAGAGCGUGUCGGCGCAUUUUCGCUGAUCUGCAGUUCAGCGGAGGAGCAAGCUCGUUGCAUGAGUCAGAUCAAAAUCCUCAUUCGUCCACUGUACUCGAACCCGGCGGUAAAUGGAGCUCGUAUUGCUAACUUAAUCCUUAGCGACCCUCAACUGCGAGCGCAGUGGCUUAAAGAUGUCAAGGGCAUGGCCGAUAGGAUCAUCACAAUGCGGUCCCGGUUGAGAAGCGGCCUUAAGCGAGAGGGCAGCACCCAUGACUGGAAGCACAUCACCGAGCAGAUCGGCAUGUUUUGCUUUACCGGUAUGACCGCCGAACAGGUGACCAGAUUGAUCAAGGACUACUCUGUUUACCUAACGAAAGACGGUCGUAUCUCUGUCGCCGGCAUUUCUUCACAUAACGUUGACUACCUCGCUCGAGCGAUGCAUGAAGUUACAAAAUGAAUUCACGCAAGCUAAAAACUCUUUUGUAAUACAAACUUUGUACAGAAAUGAAAAGACAAACGGUGAUAGUAUUCCUAGAUGAAACUGCUAAGCAGCAGAACAUCAUCAAAACGAUGAUCAUUAUAAUGAUGAUUUAAGGAGACAUUGGCGCGGGAGAAGGCCGGGAUGAUCAUGAACCACUGGCAGAGAAGCUCCUUGGGGGAGAUGACAAGAGUAAAAAAUCUGGACGCAUGCUAAACGGAUCCUAAAGCUUACUCGCUUACCAACAAUUGCUGCUUUUAGUGGCUAGUAUUGAGUUUGCUAUUGCUAAUGAGUUGGGGAAAAACAACUGGGAAAUGUCGACGGUUAGCUUUUACAUAAUAUAUAAACCACGAUAUAAAAUUAUAUAUCUACAUACAGACUUGUACGAACGUAUACGAAGACAAGACGAACAGUGAACAAUUUCAUAUAAUUUCAUUAAGAAAUUCGAUUUUAAGGCCAUAAUAGAUAAGCAAAUGCAUAAGGGCAAAACAAAAAUGAAGCAAUUCCUAUUCAUAAAACAGGUACGAAAUGUAUAUAGCAGCCCUACAUUAUAGCGAGUGUAUCUACGAAGCUGGGUCUUGUAGUUUUGAGAUGAAGGAUCUUAUAAGCGUGUAUCAUUUCUGUUGUAAAAUAAAAAAAAAAAAUUGAUCAUGUAACAUCUUUACAGUGAGUGUUUUUCAUUUCAACAAACAUGUACCCAUAUAAUUAAUUUCUCUCUCUGAAUAAUGUCUGUCAUCAGGAUCGUUUUGGGACUAAGCCAAUUGCAAGAUUUUUUGUAUCUACUAUUUUUCCUGAACAACAAGUCUUCUAUAUCGAUCAAACACACCAAUUAAACAAAUUGUUAGCAUCUUUAAAAUCGAUAACUAAUACGGAGCUACAGCUGGAAAAAUACCGCUACACUCUUCAGAUAUCCGUAUUUCGGUAAGCUUUAUUAUGUGGUGCUUUAUGCUCUGACACACCUUGUACGCAUUUGUAUUAAGUAGCACUUUUCCUCAGUUACCACUAGUCGCUUCAUGUACUUCGUUGACAGCUCGUUAGCCUACUUGAAUCUAUGAGCGAAAAAAAAAUAUUGCACAAAAACUAUAGAAACAAGGACGAGUCGUAAGCAGGGUUGUUACAUUCAGGGAUGCUUGUCUCGUUGAAAGUAACCCUCCGAGACUCCAAAUGUAGUCGGUAUAGAUUUCCUUUGAGACACUAAUGUAUUGCAAGAGGCCACAUAUAAAUAAUCGCAUCCAUUAAACGAGUUUUUCGUGAUUGGUCUUAGAAAUAGUUUUAGAAAAAAUAGAAAACCAGACGGAUUAUAAGCAGGAAAAGACUUGUAACACCUAAUUGUUUUAUCGGACAAGCCAACUGACUGACGUGUGUAAUCGGACAGAUAUGAAUAGCCGCUAAAGUUGUUAGAAAAUUGCUUUCGCCAUAUAUAAGCCACGCGGAUCCUUCAACAAAGCUAGAAAAGGUUGCCCUUUUUUAUUGAAUACAAAGACGACCCAUUGAUUUAGCUUAAAAUUCAGAUUCUGUAUUCACGA